GAGAGAGAGAGAGAGAGAGAGCACGCAGUCGUCCAGCAUUAACAUCAGGGUUUUUGGUUACAAUCCCCCUGCAGCUAUAUGGGGAGGUAGGAUAGCUGCAUAUGCCAAGAAUGUCUUAAGUCCUUUUUUUUUUCUUUUUUUUCUUUUUCUAUCACAGAGAUCUGAAUGUCUCAUCUAGGCUGUGUAUUAAAUGAGCCUUUUUGCUGAAGGCUGCGUGCCCAGAGCACACGGGCAACACCCUGGAAAACUGGCAUUUUUGUAGCAAAAACACAUGGAAGAACUUGCUGCUUACAAUUCACAAUGGUGCACUUUACCUCAUCGCUUUAAAUUCCACGAGCGUCAAAGGCUUGACUUUGUCUGAACGUCAGUAUGCAAGUUAAAAGUGACGCAGAUUAUAUAUUAAGUCUAUAACGUUUAUUAAAGAUAUUGUACUGUAAUUCCACUGAUCAGUAUUGACCAAUUGAGUACACGGCUAGUAAGUAUUUGUCUCAGAGGUUUUUUUAAACUCAUUAUCUUGGGAAAUUUCUACUUCACAGAUGGGGUCAAAGCUCUAUAUUUUGUUAAAGUGUUGUUAAACGUGGUUUUAACAUAAAAUGAGGUAAAUAUUAGUCUGUUACGUCAGAUGUCGCAGUUUUUGUGCUGAACACAUGAGCGUGAGUCAAAUGAAAACCUUAAUUUUGUUAUUUUGCAUUGUUUAUUGCAAAUAGGUACAACAGAAGUGUAUAUGUUUUCUAAAUAAUCUCCGUUAUGUUCAAGGCAAGUGUUCCAGCUCUUAACGAAUAUUUUCCGGUUGCUAAUUCAUGUCGCACUUUUAAGCUUUUCAUUUGCUUCACCCUGGUACAUUGAUUGAACCCAUCACCAACCCUCCAAACUGCUGUGCUGUGACCGUAUAGGCCCACAGUCGGGCUUCUCUGGAUUAAAAUGACCUCCAUCUAGAAGUGCCUAGAGGCUGAGCGCAGCAUCGAAUGGGACAACUGUACACAACCCACAACCGCAGUGCUGCAUUAUAGUUUAGUGAUAUGACAGCAGACACGUCCCAUGUCUUUGCCCUGGGGGUUGAAGGAUACACAAAACUCAUGAUCCGGUCUGUAUCCCAGAUUUGUGAUCAUGGUUUCAGUUCAGCCGUUUUCUUAUUAAACUCUGUGUGGUACAAAAUGUUACAGAAGUUGAAGAAGAUAUUAAAUUUCCAUUAAAAAGUAAAGACAAUUAACCCCAAAGUGAAAGCCAUGUUCUGAGGCAUUAACAGAAGUGUAAAUGUAAUGCUGCUGGAUGAGGUGUAAAAACAGUUUGGUCAGGUUUUAUUCAGAAACUGAACCGAGGAUGACAGACUGGUUAGAGUUUUCUCAAGACUCGUCCUCUUCAUGUCUGUGGGAAGCACACGGAGAGUCGGUCUGUAGGGAAUUAAAUGCUGCACACUGAUUAAGAAGCACCUGUCCGGUGCAUCACUUCACUUUGACUUGCCAGCCUCAGUGGUGGAUCUGACAUCAAGCAAAUGUAGUCAAGAAAUUAGCAUCAUCAAUGUCACAAUCAACACCUUGCGAUUGUGACAUUGUCUAUGAAUAUUUUUAGCAGGCAUUCUGAAUGCUAUCAGUAAGUCAAAGCGUUUGAACUUGCGCCAUGAUCCACAGAUCCACAGAUCCAAGAAGCUUCAUUUCACCUCGACUUACUUCUACUUACCGAUUAGCAGAAAACGUAUGUCAGAAGGUGGCUGUGAACACGGGUUUGUAUGCAUGCGCAACACUGCUCCCCCCUUCCUUCUCAAAAUUCUCAGAUUGGUUGCACAGAGCGUCUGAGCCUAUCACGUCUAACACCUAGCAUGCGACCUUUAAUUAGGAACUCGUAAGCUUUUCUCUGUGCCUCUCUGUCUCUUUCCCCCAGAGGCAAACACCUUAGCGUCCGUGUCUCCGCAUCGCUAAUAAACAUGUUUCCAUUCUGCCCUCGGGCUGCGCCGGUGAAAAGACGACACAAACACACUUAAUUAGAGCCUUGGCAAUAAUUUGUAAGCUAAAUACGCGGCGGGGCAGAUGAGGAAGCGAGCUGAUAAAGGGCGAGGAAGACGGAAAAGCUGCGAGAUCCUAACGUGCCACAGCAGCGACACUGAGCUUGCUCUCUAUGGCUUUCCCGUUUGUCUGUUUCCAGGAAGGCAGAAGCAUGUCGCGCUUGUCUCUGACCCGCUCGCCGGUCUCUCCCCUGGCAGCGCAGGGCAUCCCGCUGCCCGCCCAGCUCACCAAAGCCAACGCUCCCGUGCACAUCGACGUGGGGGGGCACAUGUACACGAGCAGCCUGGCCACGCUCACCAAGUACCCUGACUCCAGGAUCAGUCGUCUCUUUAACGGCACCGAGCCCAUCGUACUGGACAGUCUGAAGCAGCACUAUUUCAUCGACAGGGACGGAGAGAUUUUCCGCUACAUCCUCAGCUUCCUCAGGACCUGCAAGCUGCUGCUGCCUGAAGACUUUAAGGACUUUAAUCUGCUGUAUGAGGAGGCGCGGUAUUACCAGCUCACCCCCAUGCUGAAGGAACUGGAGCGCUGGAAGCAGGAGCGUGAUCAGCGGCGCUCGGCUCAGCCCUGUGAGUGUCUGGUGGUGCGCGUGACCCCCGACCUCGGCGAGAGAAUUGCGCUCAGCGGGGAGAAGAUCCUCAUCGAGGAGAUCUUCCCCGAGACAGGAGACGUCAUGUGCAACUCAGUGAACGCUGGCUGGAACCAGGACCCCACCCACGUCAUCCGCUUCCCUCUCAACGGCUACUGCAGACUCAACUCCGUACAGGUGCUGGAGCGUCUGUUCCAGAAGGGCUUCAGCGUGGCGGCGUCGUGCGGGGGCGGAGUCGACUCCUCCCAGUUCAGCGAAUACGUGUUGUGUCGCGAGGACAGGCGGAGCCAAAACAUGAACACGCCCCUCAGGAUAAAACAGGAGCCGCUGGACUAGAGACACAUGCUCAUCUCACUGACACAGACUGAUCUGCCCUCAGACCCUGAGACUCAACAACUCAGUUCCACACACUCAGACGCACAUAUACACACACUCACACUCACACAUACGUACGCCUGUUACCUAAAGCGGAAUGUAACAGACACAAAACACACAAAGUCACACAAGUAAAACCCAAAGAACUAGGAACACAAAAUGGGCAGAACAGAAGAAUUUUACUCAGUUUCUCACUCCUGUGAUGAUUAAUGGCACUCUGUCCGGCCAAUAAGAAGCUGGUUUCUCCCGCAGGCUCCUCCUUCUGUCAGUGCAGCGUGAGUUGUUUUCACGCUGCAUGUGAACGGGUUAUAUUCAGGGACGCCCGCUCUCUCCAUCGCCUUCUCUAAACGCUGGCAAAGUGCCACAACGACACCACAGAGAACGAUAAGGUGCAGUGAACAGACUCAGUUCUCAGAGGACUGGCCAAAACUAUUGUUUCAUGUUAUUGUUGUUUAUAAAAUAUAAAAAAAAUUCUUAUUAUUCUUUGUCUGCCACCAUGAUGUAUACAGUCCCUAAUGCUAUGGUUUUUAUGUUCUUUGUUUACUUUGUGUUUCUUUUGUUAUAUGAAGGAUGAAUGCAAGUUGUACGUACGUGGAGAGCAAGAGCGAGUCGCUGCUUCUCUGAAACACUCUCAUAGCCCGAGGCAGCACAGUUAACACACCGCGCACUGUAAUGCAUCUAGAGCCCAGAGAAGGCCGCUUUGUUUAAACAGAGCUGCGAGCAAACACAAGUAUUACUAAAGCUCUUCCUGCAGCAGGCCCAGGUAACAGAGAGCAUGUGUGUAAUACAAUUCUCCUGACAUAUCGCUGAAUAUUCAGAUCCAGCAUAAGCUACGUGCUAGUAUGUGUUAAAGAAAGCAAUGGUGAAAUCAACAGAUAUCACAGAGUGGAAAAUGUACAUUCAUGUUGACCUUUUCAUGAUCAUAGCCAAAUCAGAACCAUCAGAAAACAGUCAGGAUUGUGUCAAACAGUCAACCGUACAUGCUCGAGUACAUACAUCUGCACUUAGACAAACAUGGGGCCCUGCUUUGAGCACAGAGCUCAUGCCUGCUGGCGAUCACAAGAGCAAGAAGCCUUUCAGCACUAGCAUAGCGUGCCAUGGAUCAUAGUUUAAGCAGCCCCAAUGCAAGCAGCUCAUUAAUCGUGAAUACAUUACGUUAUUGUUGUGGUUAUUAAGGUGAAUUAAAUUUCUUUCUUUUAAGGUAGUGUGUGGUAGCUGAAUUUCUCACAUCAGUGUGUUAUCAGAUGCGCAACGAUGGUGACAUACAUACACUGCUCACAACCGGAUCUGAAUACACUCAGAGCACUAAAGGUGGGAUCAAUCAUUUUUUAAUUCUGUAAUAUUUUGUAAGGGUUUCCUCAAAUGAAAGAAAUAUCUGUUCCCAGGAGAAACUUUGGUUUGUGUGGCAGCACUGGAUCUAAAAACAGGAGAGAAAAAAACAAAUGACGUGGAUCGGUAACAUCCAGUCAGUCAAAACAAGGCACAACUCGCCCGUCAAUCGUUUUAGCUGUUAAUUUAGAAAGCGCUUUUCUCUUGCGCUUGAAUUCAUGCUGUCUGGCCAGGGCAGUGCACUGUUUGGAGGUGUGUGUGGCUUUGUAGGGGUUGUGUUGCUUUGUAGGGGUUGUGUUGCUUUGUAGGGGUUGUGUUGCUUUGUAGGGGUUGUGUUUGUUUGCACUUUGAAUUUCAGAACAGCCUAGCUGCAGCUAACUGCUGACUGUACCUUUAAAUGAGGGAGACACAUUUUUGACAGCAUUUGCACUCUGAAAAUAAAGCCUGUCCUAUUUGGAAUGACGAAGGACAGCUAAUGUUUGAAUUGAAGUUGAAUCGUUCUCUGUGAUGGUGUGGCGUAUGUGGAGCUGUUGAUCUGGCAGCCUUUAUGAUUAAGCACCAGACUGAAAAAAUGCACAGGGUUAGCCUGAUAUCAUUAGUGUAUUUUACACUGUAUGGCCAGAAGUUUGUGGACACCUGACCAUCACACCCAUAUGUGCUUGCUGAACAUCCCAUAUAAUAACCUUGUUAUAAUAACAUCCACUCUUCUGGGAAUGCUUUCCACUAGAUUUUGUCCAUUCAGCCACAAGAGCUUUAAUGAAGGGUUGAGGUCAGGGUUCUGUGCAGGACACUCGAGUUCUUCUACACCAGUCUUGGCAAACCAUGUCUUCAUGCAGCUCGCUUUGUGCACAGGUGCAUUGUCAUGCUGGAACAGGUUUGGGCCUCUUAGUUCCAGUGAAGGGAAAUUGUGUACAUAUGUAUAAAUAUGCUACAGCAUACAAAGACAUUCUAUAAAAUUAUAUGCUUCUGACUUUGUGGUUUGGAGAAGAACCACAUAUGGGUGUGAUGGUCAGACGUCCACAAACUUUUGGCCAUAUAGUGUAACUACCUAGCACCAAAAAUUAAGGCAUUAAAAUAUACCUGGCUGGCUAGCAUUAGAGAGCAGUGUAACUGGAGUGCUAAGUGUAAACGGCUAGCUAGCCUAAAAUAUACCCUGCUAUCACCAUAUAAAAUAAAUUAUUAAGUAAAAGAAAUCAUUGAAUAAGCAGUCUGCAGUAGCUAAACACUAUCUACAGAAUCUAGCUAGCUAGCUCAAGACCUAUAAACUUUGAGUGGGUUUAUUUGUUAGAACGACGUCAGUUAGGAUGAGUAUUAGUGUCCCAACAACACCAUUAAAGUAUGAAAAGUUGUGUAUCAGACUAUUUAAAGAAGAGUGACAAGAACACUGACAGGUAAACAGGCUGUAAACAGUCAUAACAUGUUAGCUGUUUACUCUGAUAGGAAGAUUAAAUUUCAGCACAUGCCUAACACAAAUACGACUGCUUUGCCCAUCACGGCUGACAUCAAAGACGGACGAAAACACGAAAGCACAAAACAAACAAGCGAGCUUAAGGUCAGCCACCCCAGAGUGUGAUCCUGCCCGCAGCAUCCCCACAUCAAACCCAGCCGCUUCGCGCUUUCUCUCAGUGUGUCUUACACACGCCGCUUCUUUCACCCUGAACGCUUUUUCAUCAAAAAUACACCCCUGUUUUGAUCUGCCUGGUUGAAGUUUAAAAAAGAGAAAUUAUCUCAGUUUUGUGUGUGUGUGUGUGUGUGUGUGUGUCCUCGUUUCAGACUUAAAUCUUAAAAUACUCAUUAAGAAAGUUGAUUAGUUUAAUUAAGUCCAGAUCUGUUGGCUUUGGUGUUGCAUUUGCUGAUUAAAUGCCAGUUGAUAGAGGGUGUGUGUGUGUAUGUGUGUGUGUGUGUGUUGGAUCUAAAAGCCUGGAGCAGAGUGCUGACCCCCGUAGGGAAGCCUAAUCAAGCCAGGCUUUGUUCUGAUCCAGCAUUGACUCAGUCUUCUCAUCCCAUCCAUCACACAGAAUGGUCAACCACUCCUUUCAUGUGUGUGUGUGUGUGUGUGUGUGUGUGUGUGUGUGUGUGUGUGUCAGAAGCUCUGAGAGCAGCAGUGCCUGUGGAGAAGUUACACUCCCCACUGUGACACACCAUCAUGACCCACCUACAGGACCCCCGGAGUUCGUUCACACACACACACACACACACACACCCCAGAGAGCAAAGUAUAAAACUACAUUACAAAUCUGUACUGUCUUUUGUCAAGUUCGGCAGAAUGUAUAUUCAGAAGCUGUAACAAACAUGAAUCUAGUUUCCUGUUCCUGUUCUCCCAGAAGCAUCCAGAACAUUUCAGAAGCCGGACCUGCACCAAACUGCUGAUUUAUUAGCUACACCAGUCUCGUAACUCAUAGACUAACCAUUUUAAGGAACCAUUAGACCAUUAACAUUAUGUAAUUCUUCCUAAAAUAAUGACACCUGGAUAGAAAGAAAUAAUAUUUACACAGUGUGUUGCUUGAAACAUGAAACAAAUUUAACCCUAUAAAGUCCCAGUUUAUUAUUUAGUCAACCACCUUAAAGAAUAUUAAUCAGUAACGACUAUAAAUUAUUGAGUAACUACAGUGAAAGUACAAGGAAAGGUAUGUAGUAAUGAUAGUGAGGAAUGUAAGGCUAGACCCGCUGACGGCUCCGGACUAUUUAAUAGGUUAAAACACACUGGCUUACUUUGCAAUUAGUGGGGAAUCACAGAAAAUUGGGAACUACUCAAGGCUAAAAGCAAUAUUUUAUCCAUUUUCAAAUAAUUGACUACUGAAGCCCUCUUUGAGGUUUUGACAUUUUAUUCUGUGAUGCUUAUGGAGAAUUGGGGAACAGCUCUUGGAUAAUACACUCAGAAAAAAUGUAUUAAACCUUUAGUGUGUGUCUUUCACCUGGGAACAUGACUUUGAUGUACCUUGGAAAAAAAAUGUAAAAAUUACUGGAGCUUAAGGACUAAAGCUGUACUGCAGGUACCAUUUAUUUUGAAAUAGUAGUUGUGUUACUGCAAUGAAGAAUGACACUGAUCCACAGCUACAUAAAGAAUCUCAGUAAGGCUGGCGAUAUGACAAAAAUAUCAAAAAUUAACACUUGAAGAUAUUUCUGUACUUUGUAAUAUAAUGUCUGCAAAAUAAAUUGACACUGCCAAGAGGGAAAGAUCUGCACAAAAUUAGCAUUUUACAUUUUCUUUAAGUUAAACAUUGAGUAUAAAAUUUAAAAUAGAAAGAAUAAUGUAAUCUAAGAGUAUAAUUUAUCACAAUGUUGAUAUUUUAUUGUAAAAUCUGCCCAGUUCUAUCACCAAGUCUUCUAAACACACACACAAAUAAGCAAAGUGUGUUUUUAGAAUUUGAAAUAAAAGUAUGUAAAGUGUCACACAAGUGUGUAAAGUGUAUAAAGCAAAGUUCUCUCUGCUACUUUAGGUUCAUGUGUGCGGUUUUGAUGCUUUCUGAGGAGCCACUUUUCAAAGUGCUGAUGUUGCAAAAUCACAAGCGAUGAUGUUUCAUGAUGAUCAUGCCGUUACUGUGCAAAUGUUUCCACCUGAUAUCAUCCAUGUUGGAGAAUGAGACACUCUGAACUCACAGGUGUACGGCUUAAAGUUCACAGGUUUGGGAAAUCCCGAGACUUAAUGAAAAUAGCCAACAUGUCAUCCUACCUCGUCUUGUGUGCUUUAACACAUCUCGGGAUUUGACAGGUUUAAUGAGACUGAUCGACAAACCCAGCAGGUUUAGACCAUGUUCAGUCUGGUGGCUUUGAUUAUGUAGUUACUCGUUUAUGGAAACUCGUACCUGACGCUGUUUUCUCUCCUACACACGGCCUGUAAAGAUAAAACAGAGAUUCUGAGAGAGUUCUUAUCAAAGAACGAUAAAAAAAAAAAAACAUUUCUGAGCAAUAUGUUCUGUACAUAUGGAUUUGAAAAGAGAAAAAGAAGCCUUUCCAAAUGUAAACCAAGGUGAAAUUUUGUUAUUAUUUGAUGUUUUAAUAAUUAGACUGUGUUAUUGAAAGGGCAUGUGUUUAACAGUGUCUCCACAUUUUUAAUUGAUUUUAAGUUACUUGCCUAUUUGCUAUAAUAAAGUAUAGAUGUACUGUUUAUCAGAGAUGUGCUGUUUUUUGUUUUUUUGGUUUUUUUUUUAAAUAUAAAUAAUCCAUAUAAACACCACUGUUGGUGGAAUAUGAAUUUGGUGAAGCUCUUUAAGUGUGAAUUAAUAAUAAAGUGCAAAAUAGGAACAUAAGUCCAAAAUAUCAUUCAAUCAAGAGAUCAAGAGUAGACGUGUAAUACAAAUUAAUGAAUGACUAUAAAACAGUGGUUCUCAAAGAGGAAUCAGUGAAUCAAAGCCUGACUGUCUGUGAUUUUUUUAUAUUGUUACAGUGGAGAAAAUCACAACCCACUCUUAUUAAAAUAAUUAUAUUUAUUUUUGAGUUUA